UUGUUUGUAAAGAAGUACACAGCUCUACUUCUUCACAACGUAUAUAUAUUAAUAUUUAGUUGUUUUAACGCGAAUUUUGUUAGUUAUGUCGGCGCUUUUUGCUUGUUCGAAAUGUUUUUCAAGACAUCCGUUCGAAGAACUAUCAUCCGGGCAACAGCUGUGCAAGGAAUGUCGUGGAGCGUUUCCAAUUGUGAAGUGUACCUACUGUAGAACAGAAUUUCAGCAAACUAAUAGCAAGGGAAGUCCUAGUGCAAUUUGUAAGAAAUGUGAAGCUAACGUGAAACAGUUCGGGAAACCAUCUGCGUGUGAGUACUGUAACAUAAUCGCUGUGUUUAUUGGCACUAAGUGUCAACGAUGCACAAAUGCUGAAAAAAAGUAUGGCCCUCCAGUAACUUGUGAGCAGUGUAAGCAGAAAAGUGCUUUUGACAGGAAGGACGAAGAUAAAAAAGUUGAUGGUAAGCUUUUGUGUUGGUUGUGUACUCUUUCGUACAAACGUGCUCUUGCUAAAACCAAGCAAACGGACGCUGAGCGAAGAGCGCACCUAAAAAUUGCAUCUCAGCGUAAUGCGAAAGAUAAACCCAAAAGUCACAAUAAACGUCCUCAUCGAGUAGAUGUAACAAAGAUUAACAACCCCGCCCCAACACAAGACAGUGCAGAAAGCGGCCCUCCGAACAAGGUAAGAAAAAAUACAGGUGCAGACAUACACGACCCUAAUUCAUCCGAUCAUGUUGUGGCGAUGACACAGCUCCGGGAAAAGAUUGUGUCGCUUCAAAAACAGUUAGGACAGAAAGAUUCUCAGCUUCUUACAAAAGAUAGGCAUAUAACAGAAUUAAAAGCUAAACAUUUCACUAUCGAAAACGAACUACGAAACAAGAUGAAAACAACACAGAAAGAUCAUGACAGCAAAGUUGAAAUGCUCCACAUGAAAAUUAAAAACUUGCAGAAAGAAGUUGCAACAUUGUCAAAGUCUGGCAAAAGACAGAAUCUUGUUGCACGGGAAGCUAGUGGUACAGGGAGUGGUAGCGGGACAGAUAGUCCCUCACUUGCUUGACUAAGUGUUACGUAUACAAGGCCAGGUACAGGUCGUUGCACUGCCUGACCAUUGUCUCGUAUUUUAUACUCCUGUCGGAAUAUUGAAUUAGGGUUAAUUAUUUUGAACUGGGUGUAACAGUGGAGUACAAAGUGUGGUGUGAGUACAUGAUCUUAACUUAUACACAUUACCGUGCUUUCAAAUUAUCAGUGAUGUCCAUGGUGUUAAUAAAUCACCAGUAUUUUUUGUUGUGUUGUAGCACAAGUUUGUCAAAAGUGUGGUGCAGUAUUUUUUUAUAACUUAGUUCAAGUACUGGCACCAAAUAUGCGAGAUGAAUGUUAAGAACUCCUGUAUACAAACAGUGCUUAGCAAAUUAGGAAAUAUUUUGGUAUGCCAAGUACUCUAAUAAGUGGACUUCAUUUUUCUUAAUGAUAUUUAAACAUUUUUAUGAAAGUUUGUGUGUGUGUGUGUGUAUGUAUGUAUGUAUGUAUGUAUGUAUGUAGGUGUGUGGAUCGUGUCCGUACAAUAUUAUUUUUUGGUUAUGUAAAAAUAAUUUUAAAGCAGACAUUCAAAUUAAUUAAUGAACUAAAUGGCAUAGAAUUUGAAAUUUUUCAACUUUUAAAUAUGUUUUAAAAUUAUGUUUUUUACUAAAGCAAUAUAUUUUUAUUAUGAAUAGGUCUACACCUCAAUGGAAGGCAGUGGCCGUAUUUUACUGGUACCAGUUGUAAAGUCUAACUUUUGUCGUUUACAAUUUUAUGUAAUUUUUGAAUGUGGUUGGUUUAUAGGUAAUAGUUAAUUUUAUUAGGGAUUGACAAUUAAUUAUGUAGUUUUACUAGUCGAGAUAUAAUUAAUGAAAUUUUACCAUAAAAAAAUAUGUGUUUAAAUAUUAUAGUUUUAUACAUUGUUUUGUUAUAAGAUGUAGUCCUACAAGGCUACGUUACGUACAUAAGAAAUAGCUAUCAGUAGCACAAAUGUGGUAAAUGAAAUAAUUUUGGUGAUUUGUGCAUAAUGUUUCGUGUUCUCGUCGUGCUUUAGUUGUAAAUAAUUUUUAUUAAAAACAAAUUAUUUUGUCAAAUUUACAAUAGAGAAAAAGGAAGUUCAGAGAGCCUAAUAAAUUAAUUGGUUUUGAAAACAAUGUUUUUGCAAGGUUUGUAUCAUUUGUAGUGAGUUUACAGGUUAUCUACAACUAUGCUUCCUUCACCUAGUAUCUCAAAACACGUUUUAAAUUAUUUCUGGUUUUUAAACAAUUGGUUACAAGCAACAUUUUAUGUGCCUGGGAAAAAAAAAAUUUAGUUUUGCAAUUGAAGAUUAAUAAGGGGCCUCUGCUAAUGUGACUGAACAUUUUGGAAAAGAAAACGGGAAUUGAAUUCAUAAAAACAUGUUUGAUUGACUUGCUUUUCAUGAUGUAAGGAGCUGCAGAUGAUAAUGAAAUUAUAAAAUUUAUAGUGCACAGUAGCUAGAUAUAUAUAAUUUUUUUUGCAAAAGCAGUGUUAUUCAUCACCAACUUAAUUAAAAGUCAAAACACUGAAAUGCAAUAGACACCAUUUAGCACCAAAAGGCAAGUUAUAUCAUGGAAUUAAUUAGCAUUUAACCGAACCUUAGUUCAAAUUAAAAAGUAAAAGGAAUUUUUUAAAAUUUAAAAUACAAGGAAUGUCAUUUCUGGGCAAAAGAAUUUACCAAUGUUAAUGGAUCAGAAAAAUUAAAUUAAUUUGUGUUGUUUUGUUCAUUAAAUGAUUCAUGCAAUGGGGAAUUUUGAUAUAACGCAGGUUUUUGGAUAGCUAUAUGCAAUUGCAGUUUUGCAACUGUUUGUCAUGGAAAAAUUCCGAAAAUCAAAAAAAAUAUAUAUAUAAAGAUAAAAAAUUCACAGAAUUCAAGACUCAAUCAGUUGAUGUCGGAAAAACGGAACCAACGAUAAAACUAAACAAGAAUUAUCGACAACACGACGAUAGCAUAAACAAAAAUGUUCAACAUAUAAAUAUUAUAGAUAUCAUAGAGCACAAGAAUUCGAGUGAAGAAACGUAGUCAUGGAAGAAAUAAUACACCACAGACAAACACAGUGGGCUAACAACAACGAGACAGAUUAAAUGCCGGCACGCAACAAACCUGGACAACGCAGCAAACAUAUAUACAUACACAACGAUGAAGAUAAACAAGUACUAUGGACAACACAAUGACAACAACACUAACGAACACAGAUGAUUUCAUGACAACAGUUCCGACGUUUCGAGAAUAGACAUCUGUUCCCGUCACAAACAGAUUGUUGUGUAUAUAUGUUUGCUGCGUUGUACAGGUUUAUUGUCUGCCGGCAUUUAAUCUGUCUCGUUGUUAGCCCACUGUGUUUGUCAGUGUUGUUAUAUUAUUAUUUCCAUGACUAAGUUCCUUCACCGAAAUUAUUGUGCUGUCUGAUAUUUAUAUGUUGAACAUUUUUGUCCGUGCUGUAGUCAUUUUGUCCAUAAUACUUAUUUAAUUUCAUCGGUUCUGUUUGUCCGACAUCAACUGAUUGUCUGGUUUUCUGUGAAUUUUUUUUCUUCAUGUAUAUAUAUAUAUAUAUUUUUUUUUUUCGGAAUUUUUCCAUGAUAAACAGUGAAAAACUGCAAAGGUGUAUGUCUGAAAAAUCGCAUUAAAUUUAUUUGUUUUAUUGUACAUUUCUUAUUGAAUCUCUUUUAAACCACAAAUGCUCGCUAAUUUAUUUUUAUUGUUCUGAAUGUAUCUGUUUCAGACCAAUUUACUACAAAUUAGUUAAUCAUAAAAAUGUAACAUAUCAAUUUUACCACUAUUUUGGUGAUGUAUUACAAAACAGCUUUUAUAAAAAUAAGAACAAUAACACCAAUAUCAUCUGUUUUUAAAACAUUAUCUUAAAUAUAAAAACAAAAAAUCUUGUCUCUAACCAUUAGUCAUUAUUAUCUAAACUUUGUUCAUUUAAUUCUUCAAAUUUGCAUUGAUAUAUAAUUUUGUUGAAUGUUAAGUAAUUUUUUUAGUUACUUUUAUCUAUGGUCCAGUGUACAUCCAAGUAUGGCUAGAUUUUAACAUAGGUCCAUAUGUUUGGCAGCAGUAUAUCUCUGGGGAUAACUAAACUAUACAAUAUAUUACUUGGCAGAGAAUAGUGUUUGUUCAUGGUUAUGUGUGAUUAUUAAUGUAAUUUUUUUUUAUUUUUUAUAUAUUUUUAGUUUCAUCUUCCAGAAAAUUGUUAAUGCACAUUUCAACCCUAAAAGUGAACUUCAAUUUAGAAGUUUAUUCUUAAAAUAGGCAUAGAUGUUAUAAAAUUAUUGAUGAUUUUUUAUCGCUGCAUAGGGGAAGGUAAUUUUCAUUCAAAUAUCUUGUGCACAGUUAUAGAAAGAUAUUUCUUUGUUUUGUCAAUAAAAGUAGCAGAUUAUGUUGAUUAAGAAGCUUUUAAAAAUUGUAGGUAUUUGAAAUUAAUGCACUAAUUUUAAAGUAGUUUUGAAAAAUAAUUGCCGGUGUGAAUGUUUAUUGCAUGAAGACAUCAGUGGACUCUGUGUAUUCUGGAAUUUACUGUACAGUAGAUUUUUGCAUUUAACAGUUCCCUGAUUUGAAUUUGACUAUUUAAAGCACAAUGCUGAGAUAAAUAAACUUUAUAAAUAGAAAACGCAGAAGUACAGCACAAUUCCACGCAAAAAAAGGAUGUUUUUGUUUAUCUGAGCAUGCGUAAAGUCAGUGAUGUUUUAUAAAAAAUAGCCAAUAACCAAAAACCUGGCGAUGCCCCCAAAAUAGCGAACACAGCCUUAUGUGGCCAGUGACACCUGAGAUGCAGCUGGUAACAUUUUACUCGCGUAGCGAACAUAGUGGGCAUAGCACCCUGUGUGGCCGUAGCUUUAAGAUGAUAUGACUGGUCAAUAUAAUGAUUGUAGGGCCUAAAAUGUUGCUAGAGCCGUUUAACCGCCACCAAUACACAACAGAAUGAAUUAGGUCAACCUACUAAAUUAAUUUUUGUUAACUGCCUCAAGUGUAUCCCACCAUCAACUACUUGUUAGGCCUGAUCUUGAAAUUGCUGGAUACAUGAGUAUUGUAUAUAACCCUUAAUUCUAAAUUAAUUGGAAGAUAAAAUAACUGGUGUGAGUGCCACCAGUAUAAAACAUUAAAUUUUAGUUUAGGUGUAAAUGCACAGAUCUAGUUAUUCUAUGUAUUCCAGCCAUGUGUAUGUUAUUUUGUUUGCAGAAAUGUGCAGUGAUAAUUUUCAAAUUUUUUAUUUAAAAAGAAUGCAAGAAAAAAUUUCUUCAAUGCAUGCAAAGAUGCAUUGUUAUCUACAGCAUCUUAGAAUAUAAUAUAGGACAGUUUUGCUACUACCUCACAGAUGUAAGUAACACAUUAGUAUUUCAAUUUACACAAUAAUUCAGAAUGCCUUCAUACUAAACACUGCCAUUUUGGAAUCUGGGAUAUCCAAAACCAAACCCAAAUUCCACUUAACGCCUUGAACAGGUAUCAUUUUAAAGGUGGUGAUCAUGUUAGUUUUCUUUUUCUUCUUCUUUAUCUUGUUCAGUUGACCCCGGCAAUAACUGCUGCUUCUGUGUUUCCAGUGUAAAAUUUAGACAAAUGUGUAAAGUUUGUAAAAAAAAAAAAGAUAAGUAACUUAUGUAACUAGGUCUCUGUUUUAGAUAUUAAAUUUUGUGAUGAAAUUGGGAUCUGUGAUUAACUAGUUUGAUUUUAUUGUAUUAAUUAGGGCCUACUAAAAAUACUUUUCAAGGGGUCCGCCUAACUAGAGUUGUGGUUAUUUAUACAGAAACAUAGAUGCGUAAAGGACUGCACCCUCACUUGCACUACCUACCCAGGCUCCUCUAUAGUGCUGGCUACACACUUGCGAACUGGGCUCCGUAGUUCAAUGGACACCAAUGCUUGGAACACACAGGCAGAGCCAAAUAGAGGCGGAGCCAGGACAGGACCAGUCAGGGCCGACUCGGCUUGGCCCGGUUAUACGUAAUUUGUUCUAAAAAUAUUAAUAAUAACCAUAAUGAGCUAUGUGAUCAACAUAUUUUGAACUGGUGUAUACUGUAUAGCGCUGCCUAAGAUUUCCCAACCUCCUUUGCCGAACGGCACCCAUACAUGUUCCCUUCCCCCACUUCCUCCUCCAUCCUUCUCACCCCUCAUACUCCUCUCCUUCGUGCUGAUGACAGCUCGCAAGACGUUUGGCAAUGAACGGGCAUGCAGUCUUUUCAUCACGAUUGGUGCACGUUUUACGUGUAAUUUUAUCUUUUGAAGUGCACAACAAAGUUUCAGUGCACAACCCUUGGGUAGUUUGUUAGAUUUUCCAAUGGAAAUAUUUAAAAGAUACAGAAGUGCGAAAACACAGUCUUUGUCUAUGUUUAAGGGCUUCAAAUUAAUGUUUUGUCAGACAUGAAAUGUCUUGAAUGUCGGCAGCCAUUGCGUUAAAUUGAAUUGUGAAUUAAAUUCAGCAGUUUCCUAUAAACCUGUGUAUUUUAAACACUCCAAAGCACAAUUAUGCAACUGGUAGGCGGACUGCUUUAUUUUUUGUACUGAUGCAGGCAUUGUAUGGAAAAUUGUUCCUAAUAAAAGUUCAGUAGAACAUCAAAUGUAAA